GCAGCGCCCGCGGGCGCAGCGCCCCCGCCAGCCCCGGCUCCGGAGGUGCCGGGACUCUGUCGCUGCCCGGGUGCUCGGCGGGCGCUGCACAGGGGGAGAAACGGGGGCACCGGGACCGGCGGGCACUAGGGCCGCGCGGAGUCCCGCCUCCGGUGGGCAGCAGUGCGCAGGUGCGGGAGUCGCCCCGCCCGUGUUGAGGCUACUUCCUCGCCGCGGCGGAAGGGCGUUCGCGCGGCUGUGGUGGCUUCGUGUCAUCGGUGCGCGCCGUGCGGGGCCGCGCCAUGGCCGGGAUCCUCUUCGAGGAUAUCUUCGACGUGAAGGACAUCGACCCCGAGGGGAAGAAGUUCGACCGCGUGUCCCGCCUGCAUUGUGAGAGCGAGUCCUUCAAGAUGGACCUCAUCCUGGAUGUGAACAUCCAGAUCUACCCUGUGGACCUUGGUGACAAAUUCCGCCUGGUCAUUGCCAGCACCUUGUAUGAAGAUGGCACGCUGGAUGAUGGCGAGUACAACCCCACGGAUGACAGGCCGUCCAGGGCAGACCAGUUCGAGUACGUGAUGUAUGGCAAGGUGUACAGGAUUGAGGGGGAUGAGACCUCCACGGAGGCAGCCACACGCCUCUCUGCCUACGUGUCCUAUGGGGGGCUGCUCAUGCGGCUGCAGGGAGACGCAAACAACCUGCAUGGGUUUGAAGUGGACUCUCGAGUUUACCUGCUGAUGAAGAAGCUGGCCUUCUAGGAGACCUCUUGCCUCUGUGGGCUGCCCCAGAGAUGUUCUGCUGGCAAGCAAACAGGAGCCCUGUGAUCCCAAAUCCCGCCUCAGUGUCCAUGUUGUCUGGCCCUUCUGGAACUGGGGAGGAGGGAGCAGUCCUCUUCCUAAUCCUAGCUUCUUCUGGCUCCUGGCAUCUGCAGCCCCUUCUUGCAAGGAGAGAGGUGCCUGAUGGCUGAGUGGAGAUCAGCUGGAUGUUCUGCAGUCCUGGCCGUGGCCAGGGGCAGCUGGACUGGGACAGCCACCUCUGCCUCAGGGCUGGGCACCAUUUCCUAAGGAGGCACCCUGAGGCAGGGCAGGCAUGUUGUUGAUUAAACUAGGAUGUGUUUUCUAGAU